UACCAAAUCUAAACCUUCUCUUCUCAUUGUUCUUCCCUUUCUCCAUGGCAAUGGCAAAGGCAAGCUUUCUCAUAAUCUUCACUCUCGCAUUCUGUUUAGCCCUAGGUUCUUCGAAAUCUCACAAAUACUCGAAAACGAUCUCUCCCUCUUCCUUGGGGCUCAAGAAAGAGAAGCUGAGCCACCUCCAUUUCUACUUCCACGACGUUCUGAGCGGCCAAAACCCUACCGCCGUGAGAGUGGCCGCAGCCGCUAUGACCAAUACUUCACGCUCGUUCUUCGGCUCCGUCAUGAUGAUGGACGACCCUCUGACCUUACUGCCCGACCCGAAAUCGAAAACCAUAGGAUACGCGCAGGGAAUAUACGCCUCGGCUUCUCAGACCGAGGUCGGGUUGCUGAUGGUUCUGAACUUUGUGUUCAAGGAAGGGAAAUACAACGGGAGCACGCUUAGCGUUCUCGGGCGUAACGCCGUGUUUUCGGGAAUAAGGGAAAUGCCGAUCGUUGGGGGAAGCGGUGCCUUCCGGUUCGCGAGAGGAUACGCGAAGGCGAAGACUCAUAGCCUUGACAUGAACACGGGAGAUGCUGUUGUCGAGUACAAUGUCUACGCUUUGCAUUAUUGAACGAACCAUGUCUCUGUGUGUGGUCACAUUGUGUGCUUUUAAUUAGUCUUUAUCAUAUCUUUUGUUGCUUUUAUAUACGGUUUGAUGGACCGCUUAAUUAUAUGGAAAAGAUUGGCUAUUAACUUUC